UUGGUUUCCAUGUCCAUUUCUACGUGAGCAGUCUUUGUGUAUGCAUUCAUGGGUGCAGAAAACUAGUUUUUAAGUGCAGCACAAAUUAAGUUUACGCCAUACAAGUGGAUUAAGUGCUUCCAUUGAUUACAGGAAGUUGUGAAGCCAUGGCGAGCCAAGGUUUGUUUCCUCCUAACUCUAAGAAAAAGCAAAUACUUCUUGAACGAUGCAUGCGUUCUGAAGAUGAAAAAUGGGACAAAAAUUUGAUACCGACCCUUCGGAUGAAAUGUUUGCAAGUACUUGCAAAUAACUUUGCCGAAAAUCCGAUCAUUGAUGAACUGAAUGAUAAAGACCGUGAAGUGGUUCUGGAAAUGUUGCCGACCACUCUCCCCCUUGCCGUUCAAGCGAAAUACAUACCGGAAGAAGCGUAUUGGAUGCGUUGUUGUAAGGCUGCUGGAGAAGUAAUCGACAUAAAGAAGUAUGAGAAUAGUUGGCGCCGGGCAUUCAUCGAACGGCAUGUGCAAAAAUGCAUUCAACGAUUUCAUCCCAGUACCGAUGACCUGGAUGAGCUCAUGGAGCAGCUGAAGAUCUGUCAGCCGUUUGUGAAGUUACUAAAAAUAGAGCAGCUCUGGCAGAAGAACAAAGUGAAUCCGGUUCACUUGUACUAUCACAAUGCCGAUGAGGAUGAGGAAGACUCUGAAAAUCCAUUAAUGCCACCUGAAGAUUGUCAGUGUUUGCAAUUCACUUCGGUGCUAUCCGUUUUGACCAAUGUUACGGAACUUGACCUUUCCUACAGUGCGAAGGAAUGUGGUCACAACUUUGCCUGGAAUCUGUUCCAAAUUACAGAGAAGGACUGUGAAGACCUGGGAAAGGCUUUGAAGGAUAAACCGCAGCUGACCAUUUUUCGCCUUCGUCGAUCACUUGUUGAUGAUCCAAGGGCACUGACUCUCCUUUUCGCUCUAGAGGGCCAUCAAAACUUGAAAAUUCUGGAUCUUUCUCACAACAAAAUUGAAAACUUAGGUGCAAAGGCCAUAUCAAAACUAAUUAAAUCAUUACCGGCGCUUGAAACCUUUGACAUUAUGAAUAACAAAAUCGGUCCCGAGGGCGCCGAAUGUCUAGCACACAGCAUAUCCAGCCACCAGACGCUGAAGACGUUCAACAUCAGCAUGAACAAGCUGUCUGACGGUGGCGGCGUGGUGCUCUGCCGGGCGCUGUGUCAGAACACCGUCCUGCAGACGGUCACCAUGUCCAUGUGCCUGUUGGGUCCGGAGACGUGCCGCGCGCUGGGCGAGAUGUUCACCCUCAACACCAGCCUGCAGUCGCUGAACCUGACCAACAACCAGCUGGGCGAGGAGGGCGGCGAGGCGCUGCUGGCCGGCCUGCUGGAGAACAGUGUCCUGCUCACGUUGGACGUGCGCAUGUGCCAGCUGGGCGAGCGGCUCGAGUACGAGAUCAGCCGCCAGCUGAAGCACAACAAACACCUGGACGAGCCCAACUACGUUCUGCCGCGGCCCUACUCGUCGUUUGUGCGCGCCGAGGGAGCGCGCUCCACUGAGGUGAGCCCGCGCGGCGACCGAUCGCGCACCUCCGGCGGCGACCUGACCGCGCGCUCCCGCGGCUCGGUGACCUCCCGGACUUCAGCCACGCGCAAAUCGAGCGCCCUCUCCACGCGCAGUGCCGCCUCCCGGAAGAGCGUCCGCUCGCUCAAACAGGCCGUCUCAAAGGUCACCAGUAAAAUCAGCGAAACGGCGAAAUGAUCGAACCGACACGAAGGCGCGUACGUCCUUAGUGUAUUGUGCCUGUAAUCACCGUUCUGUGAUUUAUAAGUGCUUGAAUCCGGUGAUAUCCAUUAUGUGAUAAAGGGUCGUGUAAAAUCUCUUUGGUUACCUCAGUUAUUCAGCUAUUAUCCUCAGUUAUUAUCUCACUACUGUUGUCAUUUUCAAUCGUUUUGUUUGCGCUCCACACUUAUUUGUGUUAACAUCAUUUUCUUAUUCGAUUUGGACAAAGGAUCCGUUGACGAUGAAUAAAUGAUAACAUUUUGUA